AUGAAGAUGAAGACUACUAUCAUCGGUACCGUUCUCCUGGCUGCCAGCACCCUUGCAGCCCCCACCGUGGACCUCAAACGUGCACUCCAGUCUUUGCAAAUCAAGAAUUUGAGUGGCAAUCUGUACACCGAGACUCCUCCUACUACCAACAUCAUUGCUUUUGCCCUAAACGAUCCAAACACCAAUAUCGACACUGACUGUGAGGCUGUCUGGUCCGUAGGUCAAGCCGGAACUAUGGUGUUCAACUGCUCCAACCCGGCCUACCAGGUAAAUUUCCCUGAUGGGAUCUAUAAUAUUGAAGACUUUGUCCUGCGAGUUACUCGUCCUGAUGGAACGGCGGGUCAGAAUACUGUCUCUGGUGCUGAUUGGGAGUGCACAACCAGUGAUGGAUAUCCUGAGGAGUCAUGCGAGUGGGUUGGUGUUUUCAACAUUGAUGUGACUGCGUCUUAA